UAAUUUCAAAUAGUCGGUGUAAUUUUUUGCAGAUGGAAUCUAGAACAAAGUACGAAUCUUUACAGUGUUGGAAAUCUCCCGAGGAUGCUCUUGAUGAUUUAAAUUAUAUCUGCAACUUUGGGGUGAAUGACAGGCCUUUUCAGAGCACUGAGUGCUUCCAAGUUUGGGGCCGAGGACGACCAAGACCACCUGUCAGCCAAAUCAUUUUGCCUAAAGGGGUGAUACUGCCGCCUGAUUUUCCACGAGAAAGACCAGCUAAAGGCAAAGGACGAGGACAUUUGUUACUUCAAGGUUCAUCUCCCAAAACUGAUUCCAAAUCCAAUACUGUUCACAUAAAUAAUGUUUUAAAAGACACAGAAAAAUCACAGAAACAUAAAAGUAAACAGCGUAGUGUCAAUACCAGGCAAAAUAUGACUCUCAAAGAUCUUGAAGACAAGUAUAACAAAGCCAAACAUUUGGGGACAAGGAAAACCAUGUACGACUUAAAUUGUGAUUUUCCACCAUUGCCACCAACAGUUUUGUUUGACCAGUAAACAUGAUUUUCAAUAUAAUUAUGCUUUCAUUUUCUGUUAUAUUAGAUUUGAUAAGCAGAGCAGAAGCUGUUGUUGAUCAAGA